AUGACGACUCCUUCAAUCCAAAAGCCUCGCGGACGAGGUCGUCCUAAGAAAUCCUCCAAUACCGGGAAUGCUAUACCACAAAAAAUCCAAGAACGCCGUGGGCGAGGUCGUCCUAAGAAAUCCUCCAAUACCGGGAAUGCUAUACCACAAAAAAUCCAAGAACGCCGUGGGCGAGGGCGGCCAAAAAAGGCUGCCGCUCUUGAGAGUAGCAGUAAUCAGCCGCUAGGAAAUUUGACAUCUCGUCCUAUUCGGCAACUAGGGUCCAGUCGACUGGUGGAGGACAAAACAUACCAUCGCAAUAUUCCUCCCUUAGAGCAGCAGGUAGAACCUCGGCUUGAAUUAGAGAAUUCUAUGACUGGUCCGCAGGCUUUAGACAACCCUUCUCGAACUAGUGCUUGGUCUACCUACCGAGGUGAAGAAGUCUGUGACGCUAUCGAAGCGGAUUUGGACAAUAAACUCGUUGUGAAGCGCCGGGCGCAAAGUACAGAAUAUCAAAUAUCGAGAAUGUGGGCCAUCUGGGAAGCAUUCUCUAAGCAUCGACGGGAGAAUAACCCGCUUAACCACCUAAGAGGCGUGGAUCCUAGAGAACUUAAAGUUUUCACAGAUUGGUACCUUACUAUUAGUAAGCGAACACGCAAGCAGAAGUCGAUGAAAACACACAUACGCCGGUGGAGGAUGAUGUACGAUAAGCUUACAGGGCAAAGGUAUCAACCAGAUCGUGAUGAUGUUAUGGAUUAUAUUGGGACACAGAUGUCUGACAAACAUAACCUGACGGCAUCGACAAAUGAUAAACCAAUUGCAAAUGCGGACGAUCUUCUUGAUAUUCUGUAUCACCAUUGGCAUUUAUCGGAGCAGACCUUUCAAAUCGAAAGGUUUCGGAUUCAAUUGGGUUUAGUAAUCCUUAUAGCGUGCUCAACUUCAUGUCGUCCAGGCUCAAUCGUCGAGUCCAUCUCGUCUCGUGGGCUAUGCUCCGAAUAUAUAGUUGGCGAUCCCGCCGGCGCCGAGUCCUACAUCGAACCAGAUUCUAUCAAAUACAAAGACAUCGAGCUGUUCCUAGUCCACAAUGAAGAAAACCGGAACGAGUCUUAUUUAACUAUGCGCAUCCGAGUCCGGCUACAGAAAGGAUACCGGAAUACAAAGGAACCAACCAUAUACAGUUUUACGGAAGUCGAUGAGCCUUUAGGGUUCGAUGUGAUUAGCUAUAUGCUGGCCCUUGCGUUUGACGACGACGCAUUUGCUAGCGAGUACAUAAAACAACCCGAGGAUCUUUAUCAAUACCAAAGUCGUGCGGACAAAAAAAGUCUUAGGUUUCAUUGGAAAGAGAGCGUAAUGGAGACACCGCUGAUUCGAGACAGCAUUAAAGCUGAGAGGGGAUGGGAAAUCUCGAAAGAAAAGGGUUUCAGCACACAGAAGUUGAAUGAUCACUGUCGGAAACUUGGUAAAGAGUUGGGAUAUCCUCGCCCACUAACCAUGUAUACAUUCCGACGAGGGGCGGGAGAAGCAAUGGAUUCAAAUAUUUUCGAGGUAGGAAAGCGGAACAUUAGCACCGCGGGAAGAUGUAAAGCGAUGGGACAACUCAGGCCGGAGACAUACGAUAAGAACUAUUCGCCUCAAGCAGCACCCGAUAUUCAGUCUGCAUUCCUCGGCCGGCCAUCAAAAGACAAACUAAUCCAACUUAUGAACCACUUGGCUUUUGAAAGAGAUCCGAUGGCAAAGCGGGAAGCUGACAAAAAUAAAAUUGUGGAUCUACAAAACGACACAAACUUCAGCGAACUCACCCAGGAACGUGACAUCUUUAGGAACAAGUUGAUUGAUGCUUAUAGCUCUAUCAAGGAGGCAGAAGAGAAAGACCCAAAUCUGCAUUCACAGUAUAUUAAACUGAACCGAAAGAUAAAUACCUACCGGGAAAAGGCUCGUAGGGAGGCGUGGGACCGAGCCUACAAGCAGUAUUUUUCGAAUAACGGGACAAUCGAGAUUGAUCGCCAAGCUCAGGGACUAACUACAUCUGAGAUUACGCCCACAGUUGAAAUUCCCGUUGAGAGACUCAUCAUCGCGGGCCUUUUGUUUGGCGAUGGAAAGACUGAGGUAAAAGAUUGGAUGGCAAGCCGAAAUCGCAGGAUCGAGGCGAUUACGCACAUGGUCAACCUUUGUCGGGUCAACCAGCCGCGGCGGUACAAACGUCAUAUUAAAUUGGAGGGCAGCGCGACCCCCCCUCUAGCCGUCGGUGUUUGUGAAAUUACCAGCAGUGGAGUCGAAAACGAAUCGGAUUCCCUUGGGAUAGCAGGGGAUACUACACUUGAGGGUCUAGCGUCUGAAGGUCCCACCGGCGAAGAGCCAACGUCGGAGAAGCUGCCAACCAAUAUACACCAACUACAAUGUCCCACAUGCUUUUAUGGCUCCUCUUCAUUCCCAAAAACAGCUUUUAUCUUCACAAACGGUUGGAGCCUUCAACGCCACUUCCGAGAUCAGCAUCUCGCGUGCCAUAAUCCUGGAACACCAUAUUUUUGUCCUUACCCAUCAUGUGAAUACUCAAACGACCAUGAACCAAGCUUCAAGAAUCAUCUGUCAUUAAUUCACGACUUUGUAACUUCAAAAUCCGAUACUGUGUACACUCACAGUGGGAAAUUGUAA